AUGGAUGAAAACCAAACAGUAGUGGUGAGAGAAUUUUUCUUGUCAGGCUUCUCACAGACAUCAUCUAUCGAAGCAGGACUAUUUGUACUAUUUCUUUUCUUCUAUGUGUCCACUUGGGUUGGCAAUGUUCUCAUUAUGAUCACAGUGGCAUCUGAUAAAUACCUGAAUUCAUCAGGCAUGUAUUUCCUUCUUGGCAAUCUCUCAUUUCUGGACCUAUGUUAUUCAACAGUAACUACCCCUAAGCUUCUGGCUGACUUCCUUAAUCAUGAAAAACUCAUUUCCUAUGACCAAUGCAUUGCACAACUCUUCUUCCUGCAUUUUGUAGGAGCAACUGAGAUGUUCCUGCUCACAGUGAUGGCCUACGAUCGCUAUGUUGCUAUCUGUCACCCCCUGCACUACACCACUGUCAUGAGUCGGGGAUUAUGCUGUGUGUUGGUUGCUGCCUCCUGGAUGGGAGGAUUUGUGCACUCCACCGUCCAGACCAUUCUCACUAUCCGUCUGCCCUUUUGUGGGCCAAAUCAGGUGGACAACUUUUUUUGUGAUGUUCCCCCUGUCAUCAAACUUGCCUGUGCUGACACUUUUGUCAUUGAAUUGCUCAUGGUAUCUAACAGUGGGUUGAUCUCCACCAGCUCCUUUGUGGUGCUGAUUUCCUCCUACACCACUAUCCUAGUCAAGAUUCACUCCAAGGAGGGAAGGCGAAAGGCACUCUCCACAUGUGCCUCUCACCUUAUGGUGGUAACCUUUUUUGGACCCUGUAGUUUCAUCUAUCCUCAUCCUUUCUCUACAUUUUCUGUGGACAAGAUGGUGUCUGUACUCUACAAGGUUAUUACUCCAAUGCUAAACCCCUUCAUCUACACACUUCGGAACAAAGAGGUAAAGUCAGCCAUGCAGAAGCUCUGGGUCAGAACUGGACUUACUUGGAGAAAGCAGGAGGCAUGAGACAUUGAAGUGAAUUUUUGAAAAUAGAAAAUCAGGUUAAAAUACUUCCUUUUUGAAUGAGUUAGAAAGUGGUUGCCUAGUUUCUCUUCAAUUUUAGCUUAUUUUAACUACAGAUGGUCCCUGACUUAUGAUGAUUCACCUUACCAUUUUUUUUUGUCUUUAAGAUGGUGCACAAACCAUACUUUGGGAAUUCAUAUAACAAUUUUGUUUUUCACUUUCAGCACAGCAUUCCAUAAAUUACAUUCAACACUUUAUUAUUAAAUAUGCUUUGUGUUAGAUAAUUUUGCCUAACUAUAGACCAGUGUAAGUGUUCUGGGCAUGUUUGAGGGAAGCUAGGCUAAGCUAUCAUGUUCAGUAGGAUAGGUUUAUUAAAUAGAUUUUUGACUUACAGAAUUUUCAACUUACAAUGGGUGUAUUCAGACAUAAGCCCAUCAUAAGUUGAGGAGCAUCUGUAGCUAUCUGCAGUCAACCUACAUGCAUUUCUUUCUCUACAUGUUUAAGAGAAUAUCAGUUAGAUGUAUUAGAGUGAAUUUAAUUUAUGACUAUAUAACAAGUUAAUUGGAUAUAUUAGCUUCAUCACUGUAUUACACACAGUAGAAAGAGCAGUUGCCUAAUAUUCUGGGUUCAAAUAUCCCUUUUUGAAUUACAAUCCAUGUAAACCAGAAUUUUUUAAAGUAUUAAAGCCCUAAUUUCCUCAUAUGUAGCAUGCAUAAAAUGAUAUGUACCUCUUAGUGCUGAUGUGAAGAUGAAAAUGAAAACAGACAUGAAUGUGUCUACUAUGGUUCCCAUCUCAUAGCACAGUUCAAUAAUAAUUUAUUCAUUAAAGUUGAUUUUUUUCAGUGAUACAGGGUAUAGAAGCUGAAGUUCUAAACCGGCCAAUUUCCCAUAAUGCAACAGCAGUUUGAUCUGCCAGUUUGUGCAGGAUACUUGAAAGCGUAUAGAAAUGAGCUCAUGACAUUUUCACAUUUGUCAAUUAUUGGAAGGUUUAUUUUAAAUUACUAUAAUCAUCAUCAUUAUCAAAAAACCCCACACUGACAGUAGUUGUAUCCUAAGUUGUAUUAAGACAAACUUAUAGGCCUGUUUACUGUUUACCAAAUCUUUGUAAUCAAAGAUAAAAAUUUUAAUUGACAUUCAAGUUUACAACUGAACAAAAAUAUAAAAUACAAAUUAAUGUGAAAUAUCAAAAAUAUAAAAUACAAAUUAAUGUGAAAUAUUUUCAUUCUUACAGCUUUUGUAGUCUUUGGGUUUUAAAGCACCUUUAGCAACAAAUCUGUGUGACAAAGACAGAUGCCAACAAGGUUUGGUAAAUGUAUUAAUGACUGAGCUUUUAUCUUUGGUAUCUUUUUAUUUCCAAAACUAACUUAAAUACCUAAAAUAAAAUAAAUGAAAUUGGGACAAAAAUGUGU